ACGUGACGCCGGGGUGGCGUGCGCGGCGACGCCGCACGCACGGUGAGGGCAGGGCAGGGCAGGCGACCACCGGAGCGCGGCGGGACCUCGUGGGGGCGGGGCCGCGGCGCGGCUGCUCCAAGAUGACCCCAGCGACUCGACAAAAAGUUCUUGGCCUUUACCGCAAGAUAUUUCAAAUAGCCAAAAAAUGGCAGUCGGCAUCAGGACAGACAGAGGAGACUGUUAAAGAGAAAGAGUACAUUAAAAAUGAGGCCAGAACAUUAUUCCAAAAAAACAAACAUGUAACAGAUCCAAAGCUGAUUGAGCAGUGCAUAGAAGAAUGUGAGGCAAGAAUAGAAAUUGGACUGCACUAUAAUAUCCCCUACCCGAGACCUAUCCAUCUGCCUCCUAUGGGUCUUGCCCAUAAACAAGGUCGUACGUUGCGACACCAGGAAAAGUUAAGGAAGAUUUCUAAGCCAAUAUACCUGAAAUCCCAUGAUGAAGUUUCAUAACCCACCACUUAAGCUGUGAUGUGUAAUCACAUCCUACGAGCUGUGAACUGCAGUCCAGGUGGUUCAUGUGCACAACUGUGAACUAAGGUGUUUUGGUCACUUGCUCACACAUUUCCUGAGGCCAAAAAGCCAUUGAUACAUUGCAUAUCAUGGAUAAGGUUGGUCUAUUAUUUAUUUAUAUUAUUUUUAACUGCUGACUCGUCAAUAAAAGUAACACUUUUCAAGGAGUGAGGUGUGAUACAAAGAUUACUUCGACAUCAGGACAAAUUACAGCAGGUUCUCAAACUCUAUGAAUCUAUAGCAGGAUUCUCUGGUGGUUUCAGGAUUCUGUGUGCUCAGUUGUAACUCUAGGCUGUGCCUGUGUAAGGGUCAAUCAAAACUAAGGAAGUCCAGGAGAAUCAAGCAGAUGCAGUGCCUCCAGAUCUUCUGAACACAAGUGGGAACACAAUGACUGCAUCAUGCAGCUGCUUUCGUUCCUCUCUUGUCCCUGCUCUGCCUGUUGUCCCUGGGGAAAUGUUACAGUUUCAUAGUACCUCUGUGGUGAAGUUCUGUUUCUGAAUGGGCAGUAGCAAAGACACAACUGAAGUGCCCACUACUCCUUCUUUUUCCUUUUUGCAAACUGCAGAGGGAUGGCCUAGAGACUCCAAGUCAGCUUUUCCCUCUUCCUUUGGAGAGGGUGUGGAUGUAAAAUGCAAAGUUUGGAAUGCCAUUACACAACUCUGAGUAAAACAUCAAUUCAUCCUAAACUCUCCAAGCUCUAAUAGACAAUGACAAAGAAAUAUUCUUGUUGACCUGAAAAGUGAGUUAGAACUGGUCAUGUGCAGAACAGACUGACAGUCCCUCCCCCAGGAAUGCACUCCUAAGAGUGAAAAAAAGCACAAGCGGAUGAGAAAGUACAAGGAAACAAUAACAGGAGUGAAUCAGCAUGACAGGUACUGGCUGGCCCAAUUUCUCACUGCCCUUCAUGGUUCCAGUCCACAAAGGUAUCUAUUUCCAUAUCGUUAUUUCCUGGGAAUCCCACAUGUGGGAAGUAACAGGUAAAAUGCCAUUGUUCUGCCUGUCAGUGGGAUCUUUGCAAAUUUACUGCUGUCAGGAAGACACAGAAGUCCUUUAGCCUAGGAAAAGAGGGAUGGAAUAAAGAGAGUAAAAAAAUAACAUGAUUAUACACACUGCUUAAUCCUUCACUGAAAGAAGUCCAAAUACAGUCUUUUCCUACCCUCAUUCUGAUACACCACUGUAGGCAUGUGUCAACUGAGCCAAAUCAAAAUGUGCAGAGACAAGGGGUUUGAAUGGAAGCUUAAGCUCCCUUUUUGCCAUUAAAGUAUCAUUUGAAUCUUUUGAAUUGUUAAAAUUCCUGUGGUUAAUGAAGGUGCUGAUGCUGUGAUACAUCGGGUGAAUAAACAGCUUUGUAAACAAGCAGUCUGAAUUUACUGUCUCUGUUAUAGUCACAACUCUUUCCUAAGCACAUACCGUAAGAUUUAGAUUAUUUUAAAAAAAAUCCUUAAAAUCACAGAAGAUUUACACCAAAUUGAAAUAACCACAUGAGUUUGAGUUUACUACCGAAGGAAAAUACAAACAAGCAAUUUUAAAAAGGAUCAAGUAGCCUUGAUAACUCAAAUGAGUUAAGAUGCCUUAAAAUGCUAGAAAGCCUAAUGAUUUUUCAAAAUAAGUGUUGGAGAAAUUAUUAACUAGUGCCUCAUCCUCAUUACUCUCCAGCACCAGAAAGCAAAGACUAAGAUUUGUUGAAUCCUCAGGCUGUUCUGCUAAAGGAAGGACUAGAUCAGCACUUUUGUCAAGUCUGGAGAAAAAACCUUUAUUUUGCAGCUUAAGUUAAACUCUGUAUGGAAAGGAGAAUCUGCCUUAACUGGAGUCCUUUGUUUUUGGAGGUCAAACCAUUCUGAGUGAGUUUCAUAAAAAAAAAAUUCAUCUGCAACUCAGUCCAGCAGGUCAGCAAACAUCUCGACUGGUACUCUUGUAUUAAAUGCCAAGGACUGUACAGCUUCUGUCAAGAAGUAUCCCAAUGAUUGCCCAAUAUGUCAUUCCUACACAUUAAUUUUACUUGCAAAAAGAUGCUGUCCUAAAAUGCCUCUGAGUUCUGCAGAAUUUAUAAUGCACUGGAUUCAACCAGUCAGUGUACACUCUGUCCUGUACUUCCUGAACUUUCUCUUAUUCCCCUACCAGUAAAUACCGUCUCUUUCUAAUUUAUCACAGUAGUCAGGAGAUGCUUUAGCAUGAAUUGGAAGAAAAGAUGACAUUAACUUUAUACUUUUUAGCAAUAAAAACCCUGAGUUAGUUGCAUGAACUCUCCUGCAAGCUAACUGGUAGGCAAUAAGUUGCAGUAAUAAUUUGUUGACGUGAUAUCUGGUCUUGAAUAUCUAAAUAACGCCUCCUUUCUGGAUGUUCUGUCCCUAAAUCCAUCAUUAGUAAGGUUGCAAUUUAUGAAGCCAUGCACUUAUAACUAACAUUAGCAAGCACACAGUCAUUUAGGAAGAUGGACUUGGCACCUGCUUGCUAGAUGUAUCCCUCAACAUUGUCUGGGGGUGAGGAAAAGCUCAUUAUGCUGCAGCAGCAACCCAAGGGAAGCAUUACAGCACUGGAACAUGUUAAGAUGGAUUAGGUUAUCUGAUCUAUCUCCCUACUAAUACAAGUUUCUUCUUGUAAUACCUUUUAGAUUGGGAGAAAAUAAGGCAACCUGGACCUCACUCUCUUGGGGCCCUACUAUGUAUCCAUCAGAAAUUAUAUCAGUAACAUCCAUGUUUUAUCCACAGGUCACUUAUUUGAUCCUACCUAUAAAUUCAUUUUCAAGAAUGCUAAUUAGAGCUGAGACCUGCAACUUUCACUAAGUUUUCUAAUCCUACUAGGCAAAACAUUCUAGCUAUAAGUAGAAGAAUUUGGGGCCUUUGUAUGGUCUUUUGCUUUCUCAUUGUAUAAUUUUCCCUUUAACAGCCCAACAACGUUAAAAUCAACAGAGACAGUACUUUCUGAAAUGGUUAUUUGUACAGAUAAGAGGUUUCAAUCUCCUAAGAGCACCCCUAGCUGAAAAUCUUUCUCUGCUAAGGCAAAAAUAUCUCUUGCUCCAUAAUGUCUGUAGACUACAUUUUUUUCCAUCUGCUUUGAGUUAUUAGCAAGGCUGUGAAUCUGAUUUGCAGUAAUUACAGGCGGUUUUUGUGGUUUAUUUAAUGAGUACUUCUAAUUAAGAAAUGGAAAUACUAAACCUGUAAAGCCAGAAUUCUAAUACUACUAUUAUAAGGCACUUUGUCCAAAAAUUUUUCACAUUUUUAUCAUGUCCAACUGGCAGCUGAGUUGUCUUUUUUUUUUUUUAAAUGCAUCUCAGCCAAGAAAGUUGGUGAAUUCUAAUGUUUAGCCUGCUUAUCAUUCUCCAGGAAGGUCUAGACAAUGCUCAGGAAAUAAGGUUGGAAAGCUCAUUUCAAAGAACCACAGAAAAAUAUCUCUAAGACAGAUAUCCCUUGACAGUAAAUUCCAUUACUUUUUCUCAAACAGGGAGUGCAGCCCAGGAAAUCACAUCCUGCAGUAAUCAUCAGCUAAAGCCACUCAGCCAUGCCUGAUCCCUGGCAAAGGGGCAAGCAACAGAUGCACAAACCCUCCUUUACGGACUCUUAUCUAUAUGUUUUUGGUCACAUCUACAGAAGCUUGAAAUACAUCUUUAAUUACAUUCCAAGAGAUGCCUUCAUAUCCAAUCUAAACGUCAGCACAGAGGAAGCAUUUAGAAAACCAACACAGUAACAAGAACAUUGCACACUUGUAGUAGCAAAGUCACUGUAAGUUCACAAGAACCACAAGUGUGUCAUUUAAUAAACUAUCAAUUACUGUUCACAAAAAGGUGUUAACAAGAAACCCACGUGGCAAGCUAUGACACAGAUUUCCAACAGUUUAAAAGUAAUUGAUGUCCAUAAAAUAUAAUUUAGGUUGCAAAUCUGACUUUUUUUUUUAAUGGCUUAAUUUAGAGGACUGUGUUUGCAAUACUAGCAAGAAGAAGCCUAAGAAAAAAAAAUGUAAAGGACCAGUUUUAAUUAAUUUCUUUACAGAUUUGCUGAAACAUGAUUCUCUUCUUAAAAAUUGUUCUCUGUUUAGAUGGCUGUGCUGUAGCAUUCAUAAACAAGUUUUGUUUUGCUAUAAGUGCCAAAUAUCAUUUAGUCUAAUUUGUUAAGAGUAGUUGCUUCCUGUCAGUAAUUUGAAACACCUGCACAUCUCUGUCCCUUUUAUUAAAACAAACAUCCAUGAAGUGAACUGGCCUGACAUCUUUGCCUUAGUCACCAUGUAACAAUAAUGAUGCACCAAAUACCUGCACACUGUACUGUUAAUGAGGCAUCAAAUGUGCUCCGUGAAGAUACUGUUUACCUGUGUGUGUGUUUACCUGUGUGCAUCUCUGUGCAGAGCAGCACUGCACAACAUACCCUUAACACUCCUGGCUCACCAUUCUUAACAGUUACUAUUUUAUGAAUAUCUGUAUAAAACAAGCCAGUGGUUAAUAAAACAAUAAUGAACACUGUUGUCACCUGUCACAGCUAAGCACAACACAGCAGAUAAAUUCCUAUGACAAGAACUUUAUGUUUUAAAGAGUUGUAGCAGCAUCCCUUAAUGCUUGUAGCAGGAUACUGGGAAUUGCUGAAUGAUGGCUGCAUCUCUGACUUUGUGAAGCCUUGAGCAAGUCAUUAAAACGCUACAAUCUGGGCAAUGAAAAAAAGUACAUGACCCCAAAUUAGUGGAUAUUUAUGCAGUGUGUGUUUUCUUAAAUGUCUGCCUUGAUCUUUGUGUUUCUCUUGUACCAUGUACACAACAAGUCUAAUGAUGCAUCUUUAGAACCUUCCUGGCAUGCUGUGGGGUUUAGUUAAUGACUGUACAGCUCUUUGAAGAUGUUCAGGCUAUUUUAUUUUUAAUUAAUGCUUGCAAGCUACUUUGAGCUUCUGCGAUGAAAGGGCUUAAACAAGUACACAAUUUCAGGCGGUCAUUAGCCCAAAAUGCAAGGGAGCAGGAUGAGGAAGUCUGCUGGGUUUGGCUGGGAUAGAGUUAAUUUUCCUCGCAGUGGCUGGCAUGGAGCUGUGUUUUGGGUUUGUGCUGAGCACAGGACUGAUAACAUAGAAAUGUUUUUGUUAUUGCUGAGCAGGGCUCAGUGGCUGAACACCUGCCUGCCCAUGGGAAGCAGCUAAUUGAUUCCUUUUUUUUUUGCUUUGCAUGUGUGCAUGGCUUUUGAUUUUCCUAUCUAACUGUCUUCAUCUCAACCCAAGAGUUCUCUCCCUUUUACCCUUCUAAUUCUCUCCCUGAUUGCUGCAGGGGGGUAAUUAGUGGCUGUGUGGGGCUUGGCUGCUGGCUGGAAGGAAGUAAAGUGAGAUUAUGGGAGAAAGGAAAUAGCUCCAUUUUUCAGGUACCUGGGAUAUGCAGGUAAAUCAUAAUGAAAUUUAAAAAAAAAGAGUUAAAAAAUUAUGAGACAAGCAUACUGU